AAACCAGAUGAAUAGACUGUUACAAAAAUGAAUACCAUGAAAAAGUUGUUCACACCAACAGCUGAUCAGUUAAAUAAACCUAAGCAGUCAUACAAGUUCUGUUUCUGCUUCCGGCGUAUGUUUAAGCUAAGAAUGGCAGAACCUCCAACAGAUAUCAAGAACUUGUUCGACGAGUACUCUGACAAAGGGGCGAUGACAGUUGAAAAACUGCACCAGUUUUUGAAUGAUUAUCAAGGAGAACAUCACACUAUUGAAAGUGCUCAAGAUAUAUUCAAUAGUAUCAAGCAUCAUCAUGUUUUCCUGAGGAGAAGUCUUAACCUUGACGCCUUCUUCCAAUAUCUUUCCGGGGACCUAAAUCCUCCUCUUGCACACCCUAGGGUUGUGCACCAGAACAUGAAUGAACCUCUGGCUCAUUACUUCUUAUACACAGGCCAUAAUUCCUAUUUGACAGGAAAUCAACUCAGCAGCAAGAGCAGCAUUAAGCCGAUCAUCAAGGCCUUAUUAAGUGGUGUCAGGGUCAUCGAGCUAGAUUUAUGGCCUAGCAAGAAUAACAAAAAUGAUAUCGAAGUUUUUCAUGGAGGGACAAUGACUUCUCCUGUCAAACUCCACAAAUGUUUGCAAGCAAUCAAAGAAAAUGCUUUCGUUGCCUCGAAAUACCCUGUCAUCAUUACUUUUGAAGAUCACUUGACUUCUUUUCUUCAAGCUAAAGUGGCCAAGAUGGUCAGUGAUAUUUUUGGAGCAAUGUUGUAUCCUGGAUUGGAAUUUGUUGCAUUCCCUUCACCUGAACAGUUGAAGGAAAAGAUACUGAUAUCAACCAAGCCGCCGAAAAUCUCACUUGAUAGCAUCAUCCAACAAGAACAUAAUGAUGAACUUGAAGAUAUAACAAUCAAGGACAAUGAAGAAGAAUGUGAAGAGGAUACCGCUGUUCCUGAGUAUAUGCAUUUGAUUGCUAUUCAUGCUGUCAAACUGAAACAUGGAGAUGAUGAUGGACUGAAAAAGCUUUUGAAUGAACAUACUCAGAGAGUUGCUCGGUUGAGUAUGAGCGAGGAGAAGUUGAUAAAUGCUGUGAAAACUUAUGCAAGUGACAUUGUCAAGUUUACUCAGAGGAACCUACUCAGGAUAUAUCCAAAAGGAACACGCUUUUUUUCUUCAAAUUAUGACCCUUUUAUUGGAUGGACACACGGAGCUCAAAUGGUAGCAUUCAACAUGCAGGGUUAUGGAAAAUACCUUUGGAUUAUGCAAGGGAUGUUUAGAGCUAAUGGAAACUGUGGUUACGUGAGGAAGCCAGAUUUCUUGUUAAGUGAUGAGCCCUUUAAUCCCAACAUUAUUGAAAGACCACUCAAGAUGAUUUUAAAGAUAAAACUAUAUAUGGGGUAUGGAUGGCAUUUGGAAUUUCGCCGAACACACUUUGAUCCAUUUUCUCCACCUGAUUUCUUUACUAAGGUUGCAAUUUGUGGAGUCCCAGCAGACAUAAAGAAGGAUAAAACAAGGCCUAUCGAGGAUCAAUGGGUGCCAAUGUGGAACAAGGAAUUUGAAUUCCCCUUGACAGCACCUGAACUUGCACUCCUAAGAAUUGAAGUUCGUGAACACGACUUAGAUGGAAGGCAUGCCUUUGGAGGCCAGACUUGCUUGCCAGUCUUGGAGUUACAGAGUGGCAUCCGAGCUGUUCCGUUGUUUGGAAAAAAAGGACAGAAAUAUGAUCACAUUAAGCUUCUCAUGCGAUUUCAAUUGUUACCAAUAUAGUUAACUGACUGUAAUUUAUAUAAUCUUUUCAUAAUUACUACAGCUUCCUGCUAUGUAUGUUCUUUGAACCACAUUCACUUUAUUUUUAUUUGUAAAAUGCCAAUAAUUCUGUAUAUAUAGAUGAAAAUAUACAAAUUUAAUAUAAAAUCGAAUAUACUUGGCUUGAUUGUUUUGGCU